AAUCAUCUACUUGAAGCAAUUUCACUUAUUGUCAACCGUUCCAAACCUGGUUUAUGAUGGAUUAAUUGGACUAAAGAUUUAUACAAAUUUUGUUUCCAUUGAUGGAUAGCUUUUUACAAUAUGUAAUACUAAUUAUUCCUUUGGUUAUGUGUAAAUGUUUAUCACUGUGAAGCUCCAGGAAUCGAUUGUUAAUUUCAGCUUUAGCUUCAACCUUCUAUCAAAUCAAACUAUUACCUGGGGAAUUGACUAAAGUGACCAAAAUCAAUACUGACAUGGUUAACGUUAUAUUGUGUUGACUAUUUUGUCAACACAGGUCAACCAUCAAGUAUCCGAGAUAUUGCGACUUUGGAUUCCAUAUCUGAUUUUAAACCAAUAUUUUUGCCAUAUUCUCCAUUUGUCAACCAUCUGAUCCUGUCUGGUAUCUGCUUAUCAAUCGAACGUCUUCCUUAAGCUGUUUAAAAACGGAAAAAUUAUCCCCGCAGGCUUCAUUUACCAAUAAUCUUUGCUUCGCAUAUUGUUUACCCUUUAAACAUGAGUUCAGCAGCCAUAUCUGACUACCAUUUCUCAGGUUGUUCAAAUGACUAUGAAUCUUUGUUAAACAAUUGUUCCUCAUCAUCUUCCACUGCAUCCUCACCCAAUGGUGCCAAUGAAAGGCAUACUGAGAAACGUGCCAAGUCAAAUACAGUAAUAAACAAAAUACGUCGGUUUGCCAGAUCUCAAAGUCAAAUUCGCCAUGGUUCUAGAGGACAUGACUACAUCAAUUCCGAAAAUUUAGUUUCAAAGACCAAAGAUCUUUACAGAGAUGUAAAAAGGCGGUUUUCAUCAUUCAAUACAAACUCUUUGGAAUCAAGUGAUAAACGUUCAUCAUCCACCACAUGUAAAUCCGUUCUUCCUUCAGCCCGAACAUCAAGCAAUUUAAAAGCCAAUUGUGAAUCUGAUUCUAGAUCAACUUUAACUUGUGAAACAUUACAGUCAACAACAGUUUCAAGACUGAGGCGUUAUGCUUCCGACGAAAGUCUUCCAACCAGUGAAUCAGGCUGUGGUUCCAGUGUCAAAACAAGUUCCUUUUCAACUGAUAGCAAUCGAAGCUCAAUUUGCACCGUAAACGAUUUCUCCAAUGAAUAUUCCGUUUUCAAAGGACCAUUCAUCGGACAAGGUAUUGCUCUCGCUGAUUGUACUCCCUGUCCUUAUGAUAAGGAUGCUCUUGUUUUCAAGAAAGGUGAUUUGGUUAAUAUCAUUGCCAAAAAUGACAGUGGAACCUGGAUUGGAAUGGCCAAUGGAAAGAUUGGACAUUUUAAGUUCAUCAAUGUCGAGGAAAUCUCAAGUUUGAGCAAUGGAAUGCGACCCACAUAUUCUUCAUUCUGUUCGGCCUCUUCCACGACGUUAACCUCUUCAAACGGUGCUAUUGAAGGAGAUAAAGGUUCAAAUGUUAAUAAUACUCUUGACGUCUCUGAAGGUGUUUCCCUCACCACUGGAUCAUCUGCAUCUUCAACGACCACAAUCAACAAUUUUAGCUCAUCAUCUGCAUUUUUAUCCAAUCAUUAUGAAGACAUUAUUCGCAAUUUACUUUCAUCUGUUAACAUUUAUCUUGAUAAUAGCUUAAAAGGAUUAUUUAAACUGAUUGGUUUGGAUGGAUAUGAUUAUCUGACUAAAUUGCGAGAAAAAGGAUUCUCUUCGCUUGGUUCACUGAUGAACAUAACAGAUCCAUCUAUACUUGAAAUAGUUGGAAUUACUUGUCCUGAUCAUCAGCAAACAAUCCUUUCCAUUGCAUCAAUUGUUCGUAAACUUGCUCACUCUAUACCCGAUAACCAGACACAAUCUAAAGCAAUUGAAAUCAACAGAUUGGAAACCAAUUUGGCUUCCAUGUCGGUAGAUGCUGAUCGACCCAUGGCACAAUCAGCACCAACAACUCCAGCCUUUGAGAGUUUCCAGAAAACGUUGUCCUUUGUUUUAAAUACAUCUUCCAAUGGAAAAGAAAAGCAAUCCUCAUCUAGUCAAGAGCCAAAUAAUUUUGAUGAAAGCGUUAAAUGUAACACUUCAUCAGGACCAUUAAAAGAGGUUAAAAAUUAUGCUACAACCAUUGCAGUCCCUUCUAAUGAUGGUAACCCUAGUAGUGCCUUACGACUACGUAAGAAGAGAGAUCGUCGUUCCUCCGAGACGAGUGAUAAUAUUAAACGAGCUGCAUCGGGUAAUGAUAUUUUGGACGAUGAUCUUUAUUCAAAAUGUAGAUUUAGUUCAUUUGACCAUCGUAAAUCGCUGGAUACAAAUGCUUUGGUUAAAAAACUUGAACAUGGCUAUGAAACUCGAACCUCUCAUUAUGGUGAUAUUUCAUCAAACAAAAUGUUAUCAAGUUCAAAAAGCGUUUUUGACCUCAAGUACAAUGAGAAUGCCAAUCUGGAAGAAACAAAUGUCCAUGGUGGACAUUUUACCAAGAAAAGAUUAAAAAAAUUGCUCAACCCAUCUGAUCGUAAAGCCAUUUCAACUAUAUCAUUUGAAGAUCGUCGUUUAGGUGUUACCUCUAGACCUUUAUCGACAGCUCUUUUAGAUACUCUAUCAAACAUGUUGACUGAAGAAACUAUUGAUCUAACCACUGAACCCUAUUCAGAUGCUUCUGGUUUCUGCGGUAUACCCCCUGCUCUGGUUCAACGCUAUGCGGAAGAACUUGAAACGGAUAUUUAUGAUAUUGCGGAAACAUUGGAUUACAUUAGACUAUGUUCACUUUUAAACAAAGCAGGAAGACAAGGAAUUCCUAAUGAUUUUUUAGCAGAUUCAUGUAACGUACCUGGAACUGAUUUGGCAAAUUAUGAGAAUAUACAUAAUUGGCUUUUAUCUUUAGGGUUACCAAUGUAUGAGACUAAACUUUUAGAUAAUGGUUUCAAAAGUCUCUGGGAUAUGAUGUCAUUGAGAGAAGAUGAUCUUAUAAAUUGUGGGAUAAUCAAUAAACGCCAUCUUCGAUCAUUAACCACUGCAAUAAGUGCACUCAGUGUUAAUCAGCACAAGAUUGGUAAAGCCUAAGAGUAAUCAUUAAAAUUAAGCAGAUGUUUCAUUAUGAUCUCUACGUGCAUUUACUUCUGGUGAUCUGGUUUAAUAGCAACUAUUUAUUACAUUUACUAUCACCUUUUGAAAUGGCCGUCAUUUAAGCCUUUCGGAUUCAUUUGGACUAUGUAAAGGAUGAAGAUCAAAAUUCAAUGUUCAUUAAAAAAACUCAACGAAAUUCCAUCUCAAUACACAAAAUCAAAAAUACAUCAAUUGUAACCAUCUAUUCGAUUGUUUUUUCCUCAUUCCAUCAACUUCAUCAUCAUUGUUGCUCACUAAUUACAAAAUCUUAAUUUCUUUUUACUCGUUGGAACAAAGAAGAAAAUUUCCGAUUCCUUUCAUCUUCCAGCUCAGUUUCUUCCUAAUCUUAGAUGAAAUAGAUUUCCUUUUUCAUAUCAAAAAUGAACUUUUACAGAGCCAAACCAAAACUUUCCUAUCAACCUUUAAAAAUACACUUUCCAUUGAUACUUAUUCAUUACCAUUAAUUAUAUUAUUAAUUACCAUUGAAAGAUAUUCUCGAGAAAGGAUUUACGCACAGAAAGGAAUCUUUCUUUAACUUAUUUACUUGUUGGCUGUUGCAACGAAUCAAAUGAACAGGAAUUAAAGUGGACAAGGACUAAAAGCCAAAAGCCAUCUUCCAUGUUAACGAUUGGAUUCAUUUUUCAUUGGAAUUUCAGUGCAAUGUGAUCAUGAUAAAGUAGCAUUUAUGCAAACAAUGAGAGAAACCAGAGAAACCAUAAUUUUCUUAACUUCAAUGAGAUGAAAAAAGCUUCCAAUCGAUGAUGUUUUCCAGAAAAUCAAAAAUUAAUAUCCAAACAAAAUCCCUUUUUGAAAAUUUUGUAGUCAACCUACAAUUCUGAUUAUUUACAAAACCUUUGCAAUUUUUUUUCCAAACAAAACCUCAAUCUUUUUACUAUUAUUAUUAUAAUUAUAUUUAUUCAACAAAAGAAACUGUAGUUGAUUGGCAAAUUGAUUUGCUUAAUUGUCUCUUUAGUUCAAUUUUUUGUUUUCAUUUCAAAUUGAAACAAAAAUGGUUUACAAAUUUCAAA